AUGUCCUCACGACUUUUGGCGCCCCUGAUUGCGGUCGGUCUCGGCGUCGGAACAGGCUACUACGUCUUUCAACCUCUCCUCGUCUCGUACAAAGAGUCCACCCAAGGCUCCUUCCGACCUGAGGACGACCACCACGCCGCGCCUGCUCCUCCACUGCCCUACACAUCUCUUCAACCCGGCAAGACGGCAGACGGACAGGAUCUGUUGCCACCGCCAGCGCAAGAGUUGCCUGUCGAGCCGAAGCGGGAGGUAUGA